AUGAGAGUCGCUGCGACAAGAGGCCAAACAGCUUUUGUCAUCUACGCUGACAUCGCCACCGCCUUUUAUGCCGCGAUCACGCAGCUUGUCGCGACAGAUGGGGCGACACCGUCUGACGACCUGGUCCGGCGAGCUACCGCCCUGCCCCAAGGCGAUGUCGCCGAGCUCCGACAGAGGAUGACCAAGCCAUCCGCCAUGGCGACGGCCCUUGCGGAUCCGUGGCUGGAGCGGAUUACUGACCGCAUGAGCACGGGGAAUUGGUUCGCCCUCAAGAACGACGUCGUGCCCAUCGCGACUUCGCGAGGAACAAGGCCGGGUUCGUCUUUUGCGGACGUCAUAUUCGCGCUCUUGGUGCCAAAAGUACUGGCCAGACGGGACGCUGAGCGAGCAGAGCAGGUUGUCCUGAGUGAGGCUCCACAGCUUCCCUGGGACGAGUGUGCUAACUUGGAGCCGUGCAGUGCUAGCGCGUCAACGAUACACCUUCGUGACGUGGUGUGGGCAGAUGACGUUGCCAUACCAAGAGUAUGCAGGAGUGCCCAUGAUGUGCGCCCUGCAGUCGCCUGUGAGACGGGCCUGCUGGCGGACGCCUUGAGCACCCACGGACUCCGCCUUGCUUACGGCACCCACAAAACUGCAGCGGUUGUAUCGGUGCGUGGUUGCGGUUCCCGUACUGCCCGCCAGGCGCUGUUCUCUGCUAACCAGGGACCAGAGCUGGCUCACCGUGUGGCACAGGCUCGUUCAGCCUUCCAGGAGGGACGCAGAAAAAUCUACAAGAACCGAGGUAUUUCUGUUGCCCGCAAAAAACACCUGCUGAAUGCCACCGUGAUGGCGAAGAGGCAGAGCUUGACAGGGCUUAUGUGCUGCGCCGGCUGCGCCCUGACUGGCCUAGCACCACCGGCUGUCCUACUGCGGCGCUGGAGGCUGCUCUACUUGCGCCAGAUGGUCAGCUCGGCGCCGCCCGAACUGUGGGCCGUGGUUAAAGCAGACAGACCCUACGCUGAUCUGCUUUUGCACGACCUAUCCUGGCUUUACUCCUGGAUCUGGAGAACGGGCGCUCUACGCGACCCACGUCAGUACUGGUGUGAAUGGUCUGAGUCGAUACGCGCGAGACCGGGGCUCUUCAAAGGCUACGUCAAGCGCGCUUGCGCGCUUGAACAAACGAGGAUUGCCAGUUUGGCGGCCCUAGACGGGCUUUACCGUGGCCUGACCGGCAUUGUUGGCACGACGACAUCCACGGCCGCGACUCCGGCAGGCUCCGACACGCCUGAGAUGUGUCUCCCGUGCAAGAGGGCCUUCAAUUGCCGCAAAGCAUGGGCUGGACAUGCGGCGCGCAUGCAUGGAUAUAGAUCUGCCGCACAUCGCACAUGCAGCGGACGACUAUGUCUGUCUUGCGGCAAACUGUUCGCCAAUCCUGGCAGACUCAAGAGGCACCUCAUUAGUGUGCCGGCCUGCGUAGCUGGAUGGGGCUCAUUCACCCCGCGAACAGACUGCCCCGAUGCAGAUGAACAUGUGCAAGCGCCACCUCGACUGGUGGCCGGCUCCUUCGAGACUACUGGGCCAAUUCCAGGCGACACUGAGAUAGAUAAUGAUCUAUUGGCGACCCUGCAGCGAGCAAGCUUGGAUGAGGUGGCCCUGUGGAACAUCAUCCAAGCGCACAUUGAUUGCACCUCUAGCCCAUCUGCGAGCCACGAUUUUGGCUUGGAGGGGAGUGUGACUGCCGAGGAAUUCCCAGCCGAAAAGCCAGCUGUGAGCGGAGUGAGGCGCGUCUGGCGGGUACUGCCGCCCCCGCCGAUUGUCUUCCGCAUAGACCAGCCAACCAGUGUCGCCCUACGGGCAGCUAGAGGGCUGCUGGCGUGGGUGGAGGAUGUGUGCCGCUGCAUCGCUGAGUGCGCUGAGGUUGCGCGCCAGCAGCCAAUCUGCCUCACAUGCCCUGGACUUUGGAAGCCGAUCCCGAUUCUGCGUUCCUGGGCUGAGCAGCUUGGAUUUCGCUGCCCCGAUGAUGCCAUGCUCAGUCCCUGA